ACCAAGCUCAUAUCUAAAAGCCUUUGUAAGUAAUAAAAAUUAUUUUUUCUAAAGUUACAUAGCUGAGAUAAUAUAUAGCAAUAUGGGUGUUUUCACAUACGAAAACGAAGUAACCUCAGUGGUUCCUCCAACUAAAUUCUUUAAAGCAUUUAUUCUUGAUGCUGACAACCUUUACUCUAAGAUUAUCCCAAGUCAUCCUCAAACUGAAAUUGUUGAAGGAAAUGGUGGCCCUGGAACUAUCAAGAAGAUCACCUUCAGCCAUGGAGGGGAAUUGAAAACCAUAGCGCACAGGCUGGACGUAGUGGACGAAGCAUCAUUGACGUACAAAUAUACGGUGUUAGAAGGAGACCUUAUUUCAGAAACUAUUGACCAAAUUGUUAAGGAAAUUAAGGUAACGGAGGGUCCUGACGGAGGUUCCAUUUUGAAGAGCACUAGCGUUUACCACACCAAAGGAGACAACCAGCUCGACGAGGGAAAACUCAAAAUCGGCGAAGAAAAGGGAUUGGCUCUUCUCAAAGCCGCCGAGGCCUACCUCUUGGCCAACCCCGCCGAAUACAACUAAUUAUAAAACCAAAUCUAUAAAUAAAUAUAUGCAUUGUGUUAGCCUUCUUCUGAUAAGGGGCAUUGGAGUGUGUGUUGUGUCAAUUUGUAUGCUUCUGAGUUGUGGGUGAAUUGUGAUUUUCAAAGGGUAAAAAAAAUGUUAUGUUCAAGUUGUAUUAUUGGUUUCAAUAAAAUGAGUUGGCCUUAUUAUAUUUUGAUA